AUGGCAGCCGCAGCCAACAAUCCCCAGCUGUUGCCUGUGAGCAAGUUGACUUGUGGUUUCUGCGGUUUUGUCUCGCCACACUUCAACGCUGACCCUGACAACGUGUGGGCGCCCUAUUACCGGGCCGUCUAUGCGGUCGGGCCGCGGGACUCGCACGAACCACCACGGCUGUCCGGCGUCGGCUUCCACAGGCACCACCAAAUAGACAACUACCUGCCGGCGCGCACAGAGGAGCGCUGGGACGAUGUUGUUAUUUCUGAUGAGAACGCGCAGGGGUUGGACCUGACAGCGUUUGGUAACCAGACUGGACCGGCACAACUCGUGCGGAUCCGCGAUAUCAAACCGCCGGGCCCCGAAGUCCCGACCCACGAGCAGUACGACUAUGCCUGGGGCUUUCUCUUUCACGAGGCGUGCUGGUCCGUCCUAGAGCAGGCCUUGAAGCCGUCCGAGGUCGACAUUGCCGUGCUCUGGAGGAUCCUCUGUUCCGUCCCCUGCGGCAGCGAGCUUCCCAACUGGGGCCACAAUUAUGGUGGCCUGUACAUGGGCACCAUGCGCGACCAGGCCCGGGGCGAGCACUUUGUUCUUCUCGGCCGGAAUAGCAACCUAGUCAUACCGAGUACCUUUUCGAAUCCCUUCAGGGUUCCCGAGCUGGAAAGACUAGUGCUUCAAAACCGCAUAGUGACUUCGCCCGCAGCACAGAACAGAGACGACGGCAACACCACCGAACCGGAUCGUCAGGUGUCGGGGGUGGCGACGCCAGGGGCGAGGGAUCUUUUUAGAGUCCUGCCGCCCGAAUUAAAGGAGAUGCUGCUGUGCUACAUGAAGUCGGCAGACGCAGCGGCCUUGCGUCUCGCGUCGCGGGCUCUGGCGUCCACGCCGUUGACGCAGCACUUUUUCCAAUCACGGUUUUGGCCGGGCCGAGAGAUGGCCGUCUUUUUCGACGCCUUCCUACUGCCAGCCGCCGAGAUGCGUGGUACCGACUGGCGUCGAUUGUACUGGCAGCUCAAGAUACGGCUCAAGUAUAAUCGCGUCGGCCUCGGCGAGCGCAAUCGGCUCCGCCUGUGGACCUCGACUAUUCGGCCCCUUGCCGACGCCAUCGACCAUAUUCGGUGGGGCAUGAGCGAGCUCAAGGGCGGGCCGGACUGGCGGUGGACCGGCUCCGGUGAGGACGCCGGUGCUGCUCUCGAUGCCGACUGGAAGAUCUGUCGCACCGCCAAGCUGCAGGCCCCCAUUGUAUUUGGCGAGAUUAGAAGGGUCGUAUACCGUGCGGAAGCCGAAUUACCGGUUGGCGCCAUAGUGACUGGUGUUUACGUCUCCUUUAUUGACUUCUUCGGGGCAAGAUAUAUCACGGGCUUGCGCUUUGUAUUUCAAGGCGUGGAUGACGUGGAGCUGGGGUAUAUCAUGCGCAACUCGGAAGAGUACUUGCCCAUUCUGAGCGGCUGCCUGGCCGGGUUUCACUGUGCCACUGACGAGUGCGGAUUUCGGGCCUUGGCCUUGGCUGAAGGCAAGAACGUGGUAUCUGAAUACUUGGACUGGGCAGGCCAGCCGGAAGCUCUGUCCGUGGCGCCGCUCAAGACGGCUGCAAAGGAUGGCUUGCAGAGAGUCAGAGCUUCGUUUGAUGUAAGUGAUUCCGCUUUGGCAUUAAAUUUGAUGCAUGACUAA